AUGUCAAAAACGAAGGCAAGAUUAAAGCGACUUGCAGAAGUCAACGAUGACAUUCCAGGAAUCAAACCUGGAGCUAUGUUCCGUAAUCGUCAAGAGCUAAGUGACGCGGGCGUUCACUUGCCAACUAUACACGGGAUCCACAAUGCAGGUGAAGAGAAUGUAUACUCAGUCGUAUUAUAUGGCGGAUACGAGGACAACGUCGAUGAGGGGGAAGAGAUUACAUAUACCGAACAGGGUAAAGGGGCGGAGAAAGGGAAAGCAGUUCAUGGACAAUCCCAAGCUGGAGACCAAGAAUGGAAGGGCCCAAAUGCUGCUCUGAAACACUACGCUGUGACGACUCACCUCCCCAUCAGAGUUGUUAGAGGGGACAAAUCGAAUUCAGUUUAUGCCCCAAGGCCAGGCGGCACAUACAGGUAUCGUUAUGACGGAUUGUAUGUGGUCGACGAGUGGUGGGAAGCACGGGGGAAGGCUGGCUACAUGAUGUGCAUGUUUAGAUUGAAGCGAUUCAAUGACGGGACUGUAUAUGACAUCCCUAAACGCACUGACCCGGAUUAA